ACAUGUGCGUACGAAUUUUUUCACCAUUAUUAAUAAAUCAAUCAUUAUUAAAUUAUUUGGUAUCAUGCCACUGUCAUUUGUAUUAUUCCAAAAAGGUAAACCCUUAUUACUACAUGAAGGGAUGUUAUACACAAAAAAAAAAGUAAAUAAGAGUAAUAUUUCAUGGAGUUGUGCGUCUGAUUCUAAAUGUAAUGUUCUGAUCCAUACGGAUACUAAUGAAAAAACAGGGAAUAUAGUUGGUGAUACCGAUCCAUGAGCACCGUGGAAAUAUUGUUCUAGUAAAAUCUAAAAUAGUGAAAGCAAGAAUAGUGAAAAAAGCUAAAAAAUCUGGCACAAAACCUGCUACUAUUAUAUCUAAUUCUUUACGUGGUGUGUUAUUACCCGUUGCCGCCGUAUUACCAAAGUCUACAUCACUGUCUCAAACUAUUAACCGAAUUCGAGUUAAAGAAAAUCCGCAGGAACCUCGCGUAGAAUCUCGAGAUGAUCUAAAAUUGUCUAAAGAAUUAAGAACAACAUACAAUAAUAAAUUAUUUCUUUUACACGAUAGUAACGAUGGUAAAAAAAGAUUCUUAGUAUUCACGACAGUCAAAAAUUUUAAUUUCUUAUCAAAUUGUCAACAAUGGUUAAGUGAUGGGACCUUCAAGACUAUACCCAAGAUUUUUUAUCAAUUAUAUACUAUUCAUGGAUUUAAAAAUAGCAAAUCUGUGCCACUGGUUUAUAUGUUAUCACCUGAUAAAUCCAAGAGUACUUAUUUCAAAUUUUUAAAAGUAUUGAAGGAAAGCAUACCAAGUUUUGCACCUAAACUUAUUAUGAUAGACUUCGAAGAGGCAGUUCGUGACGCUUUAAAAAUAACAUACCCUGAUAUUCAUAUAUCUGGUUGUAAUUUUCAUUAUAAUCAAUGCCUUUGGCGUCAUAUUCAAUUAUAUGGACUUCAAAGACAGUACAAUACUGAUGUCAACUUUGCGGCCAACAUAAAAUUACUUACGGCAUUGGCAUUCAUUUCACCAGAGGAUGUUGUCGCUGGUUACGAAAUGAUCAUUUCGAGUGAUUUUUAUGAUCGUAACAGUGAUGUUCUCGAAGAGUUGAUCAAAUAUUUUGAGUCAGUUUGGAUUGGCCAGCCGUGUUAUAAUAGACGAAAAAGAAAUAAACCCAAAUUUGAAAUUGGAAUGUGGAAUUGUUAUCAGGCUGUUCUUGAUAAUCUUUUGAGGUCAAAUAAUCCAACAGAAGGAUGGCACAAUGGAUUUAAUACUCGUGUUGCUAAAUGUAAUGCUUCUAUUGGAUUAUUUGUAAAUUGUUUAAAAGAUGAGCAGUCCAAAACUGAACAAUUAAUUGCACAAAUUGAUAGCGGAUUAGAUAUUUCUAAUAAGCGAAAAGCUUAUCGUGAUUAUGACAAACGAUUGCAUAAUAUAGUAAAAACGAUAAUAUAUAAACGAUUGCAAAACUAUGAUUCAAAUGAUAAAUUAAGUUAUUUGAAAAAUAUAGCUAAAAUUAUUGCAUUCAAAAGUUGAAA